CAUAUAGUGCCUCCCUGGUAACCAUCACAGUCCAGGAGCAGAUCACAACCACUGCUGGUUCCCUGUUGGACUCUACUGCACUCAUCCGUACUCCACACGCCACACAAACAGACCUGCAAGGUAGUACUUGGAAUGAAUGACAGAUACCAGCUUUGCGACAGCUCCAUCGCCGUGCAGCGGCAGUCAGCGAACCCCAUUCUAACUGAAUGGAUUGGCAUGGGGAAAAGCGGACCUCAAAACCUGGCUAAGCGGCGGCUUUGGGACUGUCUUUCUCUUACGAUGGUGUUUUUUUCACUGCUCCUCAAACCAGCAUGUUGCCAGCAGUGUCGGAUUCAGCGCUGCAACGCAGAGUAUGUGGCCUCUACGUCGCCCUCUAGUGGUCUGCCGGAGGAGGCAGCGGCCGACAUGGACUACUGCACCGCGCUGCGGGCCUACUCCCUGUGCACCCGCCGCACGGCGCGCAGUUGCCGCGGAGACCUGGUCUACCACUCGGCUGUCUUCCGCAUCAGGGAGCUCUUCUCCCAGCACAACUGCUCGAGCGACGGCCCCACAUCCUCUGCCAAGGCCCCCAGCACCUCGAACCCGGCCAUAUCAGAGCUCUGCGACUACGAGGGCCGGGCGCUGGCCUCGGGGUCGGCCGGACCGCAGAAGAAGUACGCCCACUGUGGAUUAUUCGGGGACCCGCACUUGCGGACGUUCCGCGACGAGUUCCAGACCUGCAAGGUGGAGGGAGCCUGGCCCCUCAUCGACAACCGCUACCUGUCAGUGCAGGUCACCAACGUGCCCGUGGUCCAAGGCUCCAGCGCCACUGCCACCAGCAAGAUCACUGUGAUCUUUAAGGCGUUCCGUGGCUGCACAGAGCAGAAGGUGUAUCAGGCCACCACCGAGGACGUUCCGGUGGCCUUCCUGGACGGCACGCGGAGCGGAGGCGAGGUGGGCAGCCUGUGGAUGGCGGAGCGGGCCGGGCCGGGCGGCCGCCACGUGCAGAUCCAGGCGCGGCACAUCGGCACUUCCAUCAUCGUGCGGCAGGUGGCGCGGUACCUGACCUUCGCCGUCCGCAUGCCGGAGGACAUGCUGGACUACGCAGAGGAGAGCGGCGAGCUGCAGCUCUGCCUGCACGGCUGCCCGCGGAGCGAGCUCAUCAAGGAGCACACCCUGAGCCGGCAGAGCCCCCACCCGCGGCUGCAGGGGAGCGCCACGCCCGCCGUCCCCGGCCCCGCCCUGCCACCUCGCCAGUCCUACACGGUGGCACUCGCUACCGCCAAAUGCCGGGAGAUCCUGCAGGUGGAGGAUGUCUACUUCCAGUCCUGCGUCUUUGACCUUCUUACAACGGGGGACCCCGAGUUCUCCAUGGCGGCGUACGGAGCCCUAGAGGACCUCAAAGCCCUACCUCCAAGCAGGCUGAAGCAGAACGCGCCCCGGACCCCCAGACUGUCGAACAUGGCCGGCCCCCUUCCUGAGAGCAGCUCGCACACUCUCUCACUGCUGGCCGUCCUUCUCCUUGCUCUGAUACUUUCCUAAAAAAGUACACAGCGAUAGCAAUUAUUAUUGUAAUAACAGUCAAUUUUGAGGGAAGCGAAGUCAACUUGACAGAGGAGUGCUUGGAGACCCGGGGUGGGGGGAGGGGGGGGUUUUGAAUAGAUUUUUGAGGUUGCAUCUCUUGUCCCCGGUAUUUUCCGUAGGAUGUCUGGCUUUCCGCCCUCCACGUCCGCUGCAUGUGCGGAGAUAAAUGCCCUCAUUCGUCCUAAAUUAAUGUCUCGCAUUAUUACCCUGUGCCCCCCCCCCCACCCACACCCCCAUCUGCAGAUGCCAGGUACCUGUGUCACAGCUUGAGACUUUUUUGGCUGGAACGUAAAGGCAGCUAACAGACUCACUUCUUUUGUAAAUAUUCUCUUUAUUUUGGAAAUAACGCCAAGAACAGGCAGCACAACACAGCAGGCCAGUCGUACGAUACGAACCACGCCGUGAAACUGCGGCCAGAGAGCUGACCGGGAUUCUGCCCCCAUUCGUCACGUUCAUCCUCCACAUCUCACAGCAAACAGGCUGACAUGAAGGUUUAUGUGUAACUAAAACGUUUCUGUGAAUGUGUGUGUUGCUAAAAUGGGAUCCAACAACUUUACGGAAAUACUACCUAUCUGUAUUUUCAUUAGAUGUAUUUAUGUCUGUACCUCAUGACCUGACCUGAUCCAUCCGUUAAUCACUCCUCCCUUAAGCAGCUCAGCUUCCAGUAUUAUUUUGCCAGGUUUAAGAUAAAUCGUCUAUAUAAUAAUAGUUAAUAUAUUAAAAGAUUGUAUAUACAUUUUUUUGUGUACAUUUGCCUGUAUAUAAUUGUUUUAAUUAUAAUUUGAUGUACACCCCUGUGUCUGGGGAUAGUUAGAUUUUUAUUUUUUUUUGCCUAUUUGUAAGAGCAAGUGGAAUAACGUGUAGACAUUUAAUCUGUUGUUUUCAAUAUUAAAAAACGGUGUCUUGCAUA